AUGAACAUAAUCGGCUGCAAAUGGGUCCGUACUUAUGUCUUGGUCUAUGUCGAUGACAUUCUUUUGCUAGGCAACAGCCCCGACAUGAUUGACAGCGUUAUGACUCAGCUAUCUUCAUCCUUUCGUAUUCGUGACCUUCUCAUGCAUCGGUUCUUUUUAGGAAUUAAAGCUUCUUAUGUCAAGGAUGCCUUGGUGCUCUCACAACAACGCUACAUGACAGAACUACUUCGGAAAGCCGACAUCGAAUCCUGCAAGCAGAUGUCCACUCCAGUGUCUCUUGUCACCUCUAGUACCUCUACUGGUUCAUCCCUAUUUGAUGAUCCUACGGCUUACAGAAGUCUUGUUGGGUCCUUGAUGUAUCUCCUGAUUACUCGUCCGGAUUUGUCAUUUGCAGUGAACCGCCUAUGCCAGUUUAUGCAUAGGCCAACGCAAGAUUAUUGGGUGGCACUCAAACGAGUGUUAUGCUAUGUGCAGGGAACACGGAAUAUGGGCCUUCGUCUCAGCCCCUCCUCAUCACCAAUUGUGCAUGCCUUCUCCGACUCGGACUAG